AUAUGGAAUCCACUCACGACACCGGUGAUUUAGGAAGAAUCUACUCUACUGGAGAUAUUGCCAAGAUCUACGCGGCCAUCUUCAAGUCUAUGGAGGAGAUCACUGAUAUUAUGAGAUAUGAGCCUGUAUCGAAGACUACGACUAAGAACGAUUUCGGUGAGCAACAAUUAAACGUAGACAAGGAGACUGACGAAAUCAUCUACAAGAAUCUGAAGGAAUCAGGAGUCGUCUACAAUGCAUGCUCUGAGGAAAGUAUUUACCCACAAGUGCUGUGUGAAGACGGAGGAUACACUGUCUGCUUUGAUCCUCUUGAUGGAAGCUCCAUCGUUGACGCAAACUUUGCAGUUGGAUCUAUCUUUGGAAUUUGGAAAAAGACCGACUUAAUUGGUGAAAGUUGCAGAAAUAUGAUUAGUUCAUGCCUCGGAGUUUAUGGCACCAAGACAGUUGCUCUCAUCUAUAACCAAGACAAGGAUGAGGUAGAUGAGCUUACCUACAGAAGAGUCGAUGGAGCUUACAAGUGGGUAGUCACUGAAGAGAACAUUAAGAUAUGCGAAAAAGAUGCGAAGACUUUUGCUCCAGGAAACUUGGCAGUUACAAAAGAGCUUCCAGGAUACAAGCAUGCUGUAGAUCACUUCAUUAAGUCAGGAAUGAAGCUCAGAUACUCAGGAGGUAUGGCUCCAGAUGUGUAUCAUAUCUUCCAUAAGAAAGAGGGAGUCUUCCUUUACCCAGGAAUCAAAGAGAAGAAGAUUGCUAAGCUAAGAGUGCUUUAUGAGUGUGCCCCAAUUGCAUUACUCGUUGAAAAAGCAGGAGGAAUGGCAACUGAUGGUCACAUCCCAAUCCUAGAUCUUGUUGUUGAUGGAUACGAGAUGAGAACACCCGUCUAUUUAGGAUCCAAGAAUGAUAUUGAACUUGUAGACAAAUUCAUUAAAGAGGCAGAAGAUAAAGGUGAACAAGCAGUUGAUCCAUAAAUCCUUAAUACUUAGCUCCAUAAUAUUG